AUGCCCUUCUCAUCCAAGGAACCCCUCCGCAUCGGAGUCGUCCUCUUCCCAGGCUUCCAAGCCCUCGACGCCUUCGGCCCCCUCGACUGCAUCAACGUCCUCUCCAGAACCGAACCCAUAACCCUCAGCCUCCUCUCCACCACCCUCGACCCCGUCCCCACCCAAUCCCCCGAUCUCCCAAGCACAACCAGCCAAUCCAUCCUCCCAACCCACACCUUCGCAACAGCCCCACCCCUCGACAUCCUCCUCGUCCCAGGCGGCCGAGGCUCCCGCGGCUCCAAACCCCCCGUCUCCGAAGCCAUAACCUUCAUCGCAAACACCUAUCCCACCAUCAAGUACCUGAUAACCGUGUGCACGGGGUCGGGACUCGCCGCGCGGGCGGGGGUGUUGGAUGGGAAACGCGCAACCACGAAUAAACUGGCAUGGAGGGAGAUGAGUGCGCUGCGGCCGGAGGUGGAGUGGGUUGCGAGGGCGCGGUGGGUGGUUGAUGGGAAUGUUUGGACGUCUUCGGGUGUUAGUGCGGGCAUUGAUGUGACAUUGGCUUGGAUUGGGGAGGUUUUUGGGAAGGAGAAGGCGCAAGGGAUUGCGGAUUGGAUUGAGUAUACUCGGCAUGAGGAUUCGGAGGUGGAUCCCUUUGCUGAGCUUUAUGGGCUUUGA